GCACAUUCGCGUACAGCGCAUCACUGCGACAGGAGCCGCGAGCGGGCAAGCGCAGUCCCCUGUCUCUGCCGCUCUCUAUCUGUGUCUGUGUGUGUCUGUGUGCGCGCACCACAGCUGCCAUUUAGAGAUAGUGGAUAGCAGCAUUGUUCCAAACGAGCACUGCGAGUUCAUUACAAAGUGACAGCUUGAAUUGCCUUCGCGUGGCGUCUUGGUUGUGGAUGCUGGCAGUUCGGCUGCGCUGCCGGCGAAAUCGUCGCACGCUCAUCCAGCCGAGAGCUUGGCGAAGUUCGAAAGAAGGUUACAUUUUUGGGUCGGCGAGACGAGUAAUCGUACGAUAGAAGAGGAAGAAAACCAAGUAGGCUCCGAAGACCGGACAGCUUCAAAGAAGUAACGACAGGAAUUUCACAAAUACAGAAGACUUUCAAUGUGUGAAGAUCGCUGCUGGGAGCACGCAGGAUUCUAACCGCGGUAAUCAAUGUUAUCCUUGGAGGGUCAUCAUAAUCACAGCUACCAGCAGCAGCAACAGCAGCAACAACACCAUCACCACCACCACCAUCAUCACCACCCGGAGGGACACGUGCUGUCGGAAGGGAACAUGCAGGCGACGCGGUUCGUGCUCUUCCUCGUCGUGUACGUGACGCCGGUGUUGCAGGACCAGCAGGACGUCGAGGAGACUGUAGGGUGCCCCCUCUACGGGGGACCUUGCCUCCUGCUCCACGCUGGCCAAGAUGUCUCGGACGAGGCCAAGAGCCUCGCAUCUCGCCGUUCAGUAGAAGCAGUGGUGCCGCUGGAGCGGGUGAUGGAGCGGAGCGCGUGCAUGCCCCGCGAGACGCUCGUGAGCGUCUCCACGGAGUACCCGGGGGACACGGACAUCCGCUACCACCCGUCCUGCGUCGCCAUCAUGCGCUGCUCCGGCUGCUGCAAUGACGAGACGCUCGAGUGCCUUCCCACGGCCAAGUCCAACGUCACACUCGAGGUCUUCAAAUUAAACGUUUUCCACAGCGGAGGCAAAGAGCAGAUGUCCUUCACCCAACACGACAGUUGCAAGUGCGGGUGCAGGCCCUGCUCGGGACCGCGGUUACAACAGGACCCCGACACCUGCAGGUGCAGCUGCCGCACGGUGUGCAAACACAAGCUCCAGCUCAAUAAACACACCUGCAAGUGUGAAAAGCCACGGAGGUGAUGGAUGCUCAACACGGAGCUUCUGAAAGCGUUUGGCUCAACAGCAUCUGCAACACAUCGUCAGCAUCAUCAUCGUCAUCUUGGUUAAUCCACUGCUGGAUGAAGGCCUCCCCCAGGCCGCCGCCAGUGCGACUUCUUAAUUGACGCCGGAGCUCAGAGAAGAUGAGGCCACUUGGAUCCUUCCCCAGUCCCGGCACUGCUGCAGGCCAGCGGACUCCAGAGUGAUCUUGUUUACAGCCCAUCACGGUGGCCACAGACAUGAUUACAGAAAAGCCUUGUAAAAAGUUUUGUGUAUGUAUCAGCAAAUGAGGUGUGCCCUCGGGGAUUUUUGGACAGGACCAUGUGUAUUGAUGAACGUAAUCUUUUACGACAACCUUGAAGCCUGGAAUUGAUUGGAGAGUUGUGUAAGUGUGGUUGGCUACUUACGGUGCGAAAGAAGCUCAACGUCCCUACAACUGGUGAAAGGUUUCUGCUUUUCGUCAUCCCUGAACACAUUGGAAUCGAAGGAACCAAAAUGUAAAACUGCGUCGUCGUCGGUGGGAAGUUGACUCGUGUUGUGGUUUUCGAACCUGUUGUGGACACAGACGUGACACGUGGGAGUGUGUGUUUUGUGUGGAGCGAGUCGUAUCAGUGGUUGAGUGCAGGAAAAUGAGACAUCGGGGUGGGGGGAAGUUUGCACAGCAGCAGCAGCACAUCUUUUGGAGUUUAACGCUUCAAUGAAAAUAAUAUGGUUGACAACUAACAAAAUAACCUACUUAGAGGCAUUUUUGUUUAUCUGUCAGCGCAAUGAGAAAUACAUUUUAACAGUAUUUUAAUAAGUACAAACAAAAAGAAAGCACUUGGAAAAGAAGCAAUAAUAAAAUGUACACGAGUUUUUUUGUUACGAUACAGAAAAUCUAAUCUACGAUUGAUAGUGUUCAGCAGAAUGCGUGGCAAGGUGACCCAUGCCACGCUUGAGACCAGUCUUGCCAGAGACCAUCACUGUGGCGAAAAACCUUGAGACAAGGCCUUUGAAUAAAAAGCUGAAGUCGAGAGCAAUUGCAUUCCUUUCAGCGGGCUGGGCUUACAGAUGCAAUCUGUAAAAGUUGCUUUAACCAAUACACUUGUUACUGAAAAAGAAUAAUCCAUCCAUCACAAAAGUAAUGAUUGAUGCAUUCAAAUUAUACAACAACUAUACACGUCUCUUGUAUAUACUCUACUGUGGAAAACGAGGAAUGUCACCCAAAAAGUGUGUAGUUGUGCGGGGCAACUGCUGUUUUAACAUCACACAUUUCAGUUCACUCUAAACCUCUAUAAUUGGUCACGACCAUGGCUCUCUGGGGUAGUAUUUAGAAAGCUAUGCCAGCUGACUUCUCUGAAAUGGAACAAAUUUUAACACUUCUAUUUGAUGGACUGCCAACAAUGCCCCAUGUCUCGUUUCUAAUAAUAAUAUAAGUACAAUACGGUAUAAAUGUUUGAUUUUUGAAUGGGCAUUUAUUGUUCAUCGUGGAGGCAAUACAACUAAUACUUUCGUUAAAAAGUUGUUUUUUUAUUCUUGAAACAUAUGGUAGGAUAUUACGGCCUCAUGACAUUUUUUUAAAAAAUAUCUCCGUUGUAUUUAGUUUUAUGCAGCUUCUUCUGAUGCUGGACCAGAAUUAAUAAGUAAAUGGUUUAUUCUCAUGCGUAUUUGUACUUGUGAGAUUUACCAACAUCAGAUAACUUUACAGGCACUUUUUUCCAGAGAUACGAUGUGUUGUCAUGUGUAAACAUUCUAGUAUUUAUUUUAUCUGUAUUUAAGGCAAUAUUUAUAAACACAACUAAAUUUCGUUACCACAUUGUAAUUAAAACAUGUAAGUUAUUUAUAUAUUUUUUAAAAAUAUCAAGUUUCAUAAAACACGUGAACCGUAUGUACUGUUUUAUGCAUUUCAAAAAAGUGGGACUUGAAAUACAUUAUUUCUAAA